AUGCAGAUCCAGGCCUACUUGGAUCUGGAUCCCCAGUCCCUGAGCUGGCCCUUGGCCCACGGGCCUGGCAGCCUGGAGCGCAAACAGCGGCUGCGCGGGAGGCCAUCUGGCCACGCCCCCUCCCACACCUGUCACCAGGCCCGUGCCCACUCCUCCCCGCUGGCUGGUGGCUCACAGCUGGGCUUGCGCACACUUAUUGCGUUGCGAGAGCUCAUGUCAUCCUCAAAACAGCCCUACGGGGUAGAUACUAUUGUCAUCCCCAUUUACAGGUGGAGCCCCACGCUCAACAAGGACAGCAACGUGCCCAAGAUCACGCAGAUACGAAGUGGACAGCUUGGGGAUGCACCUGUACCACCUGCCUCCCGAGCUUGCGCGGGUCCCGGUGCGGGCCGCACGAGCGCGGGCCCAGGGGCGCCACCGGGCCGCGCGGGCGGGAACGCGCCGCGGCCGCCUCCUCCUCCCUCGCUCCCGCCCGCAGCGCCGCUCGCGCCGCGCCCCUGGCGCUGGCUGCUGCUGCUCGCGCUGCCCGCCGCCUGCUCCGCGCCGCCGCCGCCGCGCCCCGUCUACACCAACCACUGGGCAGUGCAAGUGCUGGGCGGCCCGGCCGCGGCGGACCGCGUGGCCGCGGCGCACGGCUACCUCAACUUGGGCCAGAUUGGAAACCUGGAAGAUUACUACCAUUUUUAUCAUAGCAAAACCUUUAAAAGAUCGACUUUGAGUAGCAGAGGCCCUCAUACCUUCCUCAGAAUGGACCCCCAGGUGAAAUGGCUCCAACAACAAGAAGUUAAACGCAGGGUGAAGAGACAGGUGCGAAAUGACCCUCAGACCCUCUAUUUCAACGACCCCAUUUGGUCCAACAUGUGGUACAUGCACUGUGGUGACAAGAACAACCGCUGCCGAUCAGAAAUGAACGUCCAGGCAGCGUGGAAGAAGGGCUACACUGGGAAAAACGUGGUGGUCACCAUCCUUGAUGAUGGCAUAGAGCGGAAUCACCCCGACCUGGCACCAAACUAUGAUUCCUAUGCAAGCUAUGAUGUCAACGGAAAUGAUUAUGACCCAUCUCCACGCUAUGAUGCCAGCAAUGAAAAUAAACACGGUACGCGUUGCGCGGGAGAGGUCGCCGCUUCAGCCAACAACUCUUACUGCAUCGUGGGCAUAGCAUACAAUGCCAAAAUAGGAGGUAAGAUCCGGGGGCACGCAGCCGGGGAGCUUCAGG